AUGACUGCUGCUAAAUUGUAUCAGAGCAAAAGCAAACCUGAAGAUGAAUCUCCAUUAUUAAAAAAUCAGAAAUAUCGAAAACAAGUAUUUGACUCGAUAAAUUCCAUAAAGUUUUUUGAAAACUAUCCGUCACUAAACAGUUGGUUGAUUAGUUUGUUGUAUUUCAUAUUAAUUCUGGCUUUACUAUUUUUACUGACACCACCCGCGUUAGUUUUACUUUCAAUAUUUGUAUCAUUAUUCUUGAUAAGCAUUGUCGCUGCCAGGGGAUCAUUACUAUCAAUGACUUCACAGAUGGAACUCAAUGUCUCAAGCUCUUGUAUUGUUAAUACAGUUGACAACUAUUAUUAUCACCAUCUAGAAGAGAAAAACUUCACCAUUAUACAGUCAGAAAAUGAAAGAAUGAUGUGGAUUUGGUGUAUUAUAAUUGCAUACACAAUACCAGAAUUAAUCAAUUCAAUGUUAUGUUUUCACAAGUCCAAAAAUAAGCCAUCAGUUAAACAAUUCUUGUCAGUCGUCAUACCAGAAACGUUGUAUGCAAUGGGAAUAGCUUUAAUGGUCUUUUUUGUUUUGCCAAAAUUGAAUUUAAACUCUUUUGUUUUGUUUCUUAUUUGGUGUAUUUUUGAAUGGGGAUUACAUACUAUGAUAUCAACGAUUUAUGGAAUUAACAAUCUGAAGUUUAAGAUUUUACUAGUUAUUAUUGAUAUUAUCGUUUUGGCAUGUUAUGUAACAUAUACAAUGUUUUAUUCCUUCGAUGGAGUGGAACGUAAUAACAGUACAUCAUGGAUUACAAUUUUGGCAUUGGCAUUAAUUCAUGGUGGAUUUUGGCAAGAUGUUCCUGAUUCUAAAUUCAGUUUUACUGGAUUUCUUUCGCCGUUCGUGAAAGCUCGGAAAAAUUUGGAACCCGUGAAACAUUAUACUUUUGCUUUAGUGUCAAUUUGGAAAAUAAUUGUUUUCAUUGCAAGUUCAUUAAUGAUACUCUCCUUUAAUGGUAUUGAGACUAAAAAAAUAUUUUCGAUGUUCGAAUCUGCAUUCAGUCAACACAAUGUAACUAUAAUCCCCAAUUUUAAUGGAGAAGAAGACAGUCAAUCACCGUAUUACUCUUUUGUCUCAAUAAUUAUAACUAAAGGCUUAAAUUUUCCAAUUUUGGUUGUAUUCUUCCAAAUAUUCGUAUCUUCAGUAAUCUAUAUGAAACGUAACACGCUAUUUUUAAGUCUCUUCCAUGGAUUUGAUUUUCGAUCUCGUUGGGGAUUAAAUAUUCCUUGUUUAAUUUCUAUUGUAUUCUUUUGGUGGUCAGCCUUGAUUAAAAAGCACUAUUGUAACUUGGUUGAUGCACGAAGUGCUGAACUCGUGUAUUUCUUUGACCCUUUGAUAGAAAGACCCUCAUCUGAAAUCCUGCGUAUUUUUUCGCUUAAUUCAACCGAAAACUGGGAAGCAAUUUUGCUGAAAUGUGCAAGUUGCUGGAUUAUGAUUUCGUUCUGGUUCCGGUCACGUUUCAGCUCGUUGUUUGAGAGCAUAAAACAAACGAAUCAAGAAAAUAAACCUUCUCAACCUGUCAAUGUUUAUCUGGUUACAAUUGAUGAAAAACCAGUCGACACAAAAAAUCCUGGUUGUUAAAUAAGUAUAAAAUUUAA